GCGACCGCGGGGCCCGCACUGCUGAGGAGCGGAGCCUCCGCCUGGGGGACCCUUAUUUCUCUCUGGCUGUCCCCGAACUGCGUGUCCCUAUCCCACCCCCACGGCGGGGCCACCAGUGGUGUGGCGGUCUUCGCCCGGCGGAGGAGCUUCGAGCAGCCACCUGCCGCGUUCUACCGCCUCUUUGCAUCUCGGAUUUAGGGGCUGCCACCUCCUCCCUGUCCCUGUCUUUUCGUACCCCUCUUUUUUCAGUGUUUUGCUCGGAUUUCGUAGCCGUCUGUUUUUGCGUCGCUUUUCGUUUUGCUUCUAGGUGGUUUGCGGGGUGAGGCUGCAUUCACACCCCUUCCCCUCUUUUUCAUCGCGGUCGGGGGCCUAGCAUCUGAGCGCCUCCGCCGCGCUGCCAGCACCCCGUAGCGCGUGGCCGUGCACCCCGGGAUUUGCAGCAGCUGCCUCUCAGAGGGGGUCUCCCUCGCCCCCGCCGCCUUCGUGUCCCGCGCGCUCCAGUACGUGGCAGGCGACUGUGCGCAGCUCCCCCGCUUCUCCGCAGCCCCCCGCCCCGCGCUGGGAUUCGCCCCGCGCCGCCAGAAUGGUCAUCCAGAAAGAGAAGAAGAGCUGCGGGCAGGUGGUUGAGGAGUGGAAGGAGUUCGUGUGGAACCCGAGGACGCACCAGUUCAUGGGCCGCACCGGGACCAGCUGGGCCUUCAUCCUCCUUUUCUACCUCGUCUUCUAUGGCUUCCUCACAGCCAUGUUCACCCUCACCAUGUGGGUGAUGUUGCAGACUGUCUCUGACCACACCCCCAAGUACCAGGACCGCCUGGCUACACCAGGCUUGAUGAUUCGCCCUAAGACUGAGAAUCUUGAUGUCAUUGUCAACAUCAGUGACACUGAAAGCUGGGACCAGCAUGUUCAGAAACUCAACAAGUUCUUGGAGCCUUACAACAACUCUAUCCAAGCCCAAAAGAAUGACGUCUGCCGCCCUGGGCGGUAUUAUGAGCAGCCAGAUAACGGGGUCCUUAACUACCCAAAACGUGCCUGCCAAUUCAACCGGACCCAGCUGGGAAACUGCUCCGGCAUAGGGGAUCUCACUUACUAUGGUUACAGCACUGGGAAGCCCUGUGUCUUCAUCAAGAUGAACCGGGUCAUCAACUUCUAUGCAGGAGCAAACCAGAGCAUGAAUGUCACCUGUGCUGGGAAGCGAGAUGAAGAUGCUGAGAAUCUUGGCCAUUUUGUUAUGUUUCCUGCCAAUGGCAACAUCGACCUCAUGUACUUUCCCUACUAUGGCAAAAAGUUCCACGUGAACUACACCCAGCCCCUGGUGGCCGUGAAGUUCCUGAAUGUGACCCCCAACGUGGAGGUGAACGUGGAAUGCCGUAUCAAUGCUGCCAAUAUCGCCACCGAUGAUGAGCGAGACAAGUUCGCUGGCCGUGUGGCCUUCAAACUCCGCAUCAACAAAACCUGAGACCCCUUCCUCCCAUUCCCACCUCUCUCCCAUGGAUGUUUCUGGAAUGUCUCUGAUCCUGCCUGAUCCCUCCCUCACCCACCCCAAAGGUAUUUUUUAUAACAGAGCUAUGACUUGUCUGAGUCUCACACCCUUUUCUUUGACUUCUCAAACCAGCCUCAUGUCCACUGUGAUUCCCUGACUACCCACAUGUUCUGCCAUCUUCUCCCAUACUAAGCUCAGCCAGAGAUAGAGAUGGUCUACUAAAAGGGCCACAGAGGAGUUAGGAGUCUUUCUAGCUCUGGUGUAGCUGUCAGUGGGAUGUCCGUACAGCUCCCACUUCUCCUGCCCCAUUGCCUGAGAGCUACAGAACAUGCCCACUUACCCAGCCACCUACAUACACGCAUACUCCUCACUUCAGCCCUUUGGUUCCCAGAAGUGAACAUAAUAUUCCCUUUUCCUAUUUUUAAGCUCUGGCCAUUGUACCUUUUCUCUCGCUUACACUUUCUCCUUGUCUCUACAGUCCUUAUCUUGCUGGCUUUGACUUCUCUGGUUCCUCCAGAAAAUUUUAACCUCCUUCUCCCCACCUAUAUUUUGUCCUCUGAAAAGCAGCCAUUUAUAUGUAAUUGAGGACAGGUUGGUUCUGUGGCCUUUUCCUUCCCCCUAUGGUGACUCCAUGAGCUGGGAAAUGACUGAAAGAGAAGGCCUGUUGAUUUUUCUAGAAAGUACUGUAUCAGUCCCUGACUCCAAUUCCUUCUUGGUCCCUUCCGUCAUCCAAAGAGCCACUACUCAGAGAGGCAGGCUUGACCUAGGCUGAAUAUCCACUUUGUUUUUACCGAUGGCUCCCUUCCCCCAUUUGCCUUCCCAGAAUAUCCUUCAAGUUCCACUUCCCAGGGAGCCUUGGGGGAGGGGCAGCCAUCUUGGCUCUGUCCCCAGUGGCCACCUUGGAGACAUCAGCUGGCUGGGGAACUAAUCCACCUCCUUCCUCUGAGCCCAGAUCUGCGCCCCCCCCCCCACCGCAUUUUCUCUCCAGCUUCUCCUAGCAAGUUACCAAGUGAUCACUAACUCCUUCCCUGUCCUCUGCAUGCCGUCCUGAAAGUUUCAAAUACUCCCCUCAAUCUAGGUUCUGAUUUUCUUGGCUCUAUUUCCUUCAGACCUUUUUGCCUUUAAAAAAAAAUAAUGCCCACAGAAUGUUAAAUGAGGGGCCUCCUGCUCUGAGUAUUUUUUAGUUAUAGAGGCAUUUUAACUUUCUCCUCUGUUUCCCUUCUCUUCCUCACUCUGUGCAACUCCUUUUUCUUUAUUAAUGCUGCAGCAUCCACACUCCACCUACAAAUGGAACCUUUCCUUUUUUCUCUUGCUGAAUCUAUUUCUCUUCCUUCUGGAUCCCCAUGUUUUCCUGCACUGCCCUCUUCCCAGUGGUCUCUCUGCAGUUAUUUAAUGCCUGUGUCAGAUCUGAAAAAAAAAAAAAAAAGAUAAAGUACAAUAAAAUGAGAGUAAUU